CCGUUCGUCUGGUCCCGCAGGCGCAAGGCUGGCAGGUUUGCAUGUGCGAUUCCUACGUCAUGCCCCUUCCGCGUACAUAAUCUGGGCCUUGAUCGACAACGCCCACCAAACCACGCACAUCACUUGUUCAAUCUGCCAAAUCCCCUGUAUAGCAGUACUGCACCACCAAUUCCAAUACAGACUACUUCACGCAUACCGACUUUCUCACCAUCCUUGCUAUGGCGAUCGGCAUCUUCACCGUCCUCGCCGGCUUGAUAGCCUUGGCUGCUGGCUACUUCUACUUCUUCGGUAUCUCCCCAGAGAUGAAGCGCAAGAUGGAGAAACAGGCUCUCCAAACCAUGGGCGAGAACAAGAUGUCCUACAUGGCCAAGGACCAAAUCAACAAGCUCCCCACCUCCGACCAAGAAGACGUCAAGAAUCUCAAGCAGGGCAUCAGCAACCUCGCGGGUGGCGCUAUGCAGAACCCCAUCGGCGAACAAGCUGGUGAAACCGCUGACAGACUCACGUCUCCGCUUACCGGUCGCUAAUGUCUCUUCUUUGUCUAGUCCGGACAGCGUCCCAGGUCUGGGGUUCGGCAAAGGAUGUCUCGAAGAAGGUUUCCGAACGGUUCUACUAGGAGGCUAUACAGGCUUAUCUGAAUGCCUUGCUUGAGUGUUUUCAAGCUUUGGUAGGCACGUCCAAGGAGACGGUCCAGAAGAAAGCAGAAUAGCGAUACGAUAACGGAAAGGCGAUAUUGGACAUCCCCUCGGUAGGCGUUUGGUGGUACCUUUGUGGCUUCUUGACUGCAGCCUUUUCCUUGUUACCCCUUCGGCAGACGUGGGCUACAACCUCAUGACCGUCACGACUCUUGUGUAAUCAUCUCCAACCUUUAAUAA